AUGGCCGAGAAGACUCUGGACGACACUCCAGGAGGCGGAUCUGGUGCCUCUGACUCUGAGAUCACCGUUUCAGGAAUCAACGAGCGCGCGCUGUUAAGAAAGCUGGACCUGCGACUCUUACCUGCGGUUGGGAUAUUGUAUUUAUUGUCAUUUCUUGACCGAAGCAACGUUGGCAAUGCUCGCAUUGAGGGUCUACUUGAUGACGUUCACAUAACUGGGAAUCAAUAUCUUACAGGCCUAACACUGUACUUUGUGGGAUAUGUACUGUUUGAGGCGGAAAGCGGUUUAUUUCCAGGAGUAUUCUACUUCUCUAUGUGGUACAAGAGACGAGAGCGGCAAUAUCGCAUAUCCCUCUUCUUUAGCGCCGCAUCUCUGGCCGGCGCAUUUGGCGGUAUCUUGGCUUAUGGAAUCGGAAGAAUGAGAGGUAUUGUUUGGGAGAACGGGUGGCGCUGGAUUUUUAUCUUGGAAGGCAUUCUCACGGUCGUUGUUGCAACUGCAGCGUAUGGAUUUAUUCAUAACUACCCAGAUACAUCGAAGUUCCUAACUGAAGACGAACGGAAAUUUAUCCACCAGCGGUUGGCGGCAGACAGCGAUUCGACGCAUGAAGAACGCUUUAAUUGGGGAGCUGUAGUAGAAGCAUUAAAAGAUCCAAGCUGCUGGCUCUACGGAUUGGGGUUUCAUACUAUGAGCUUACCUCUCUAUACGCUGUCUCUAUUCUUGCCAACCAUUAUAUCCAACCUUGGGUACACCGCGGCAACAGCUCAGCUGCUCACCGUCCCACCGUAUGCGUUCGCAUUCAUAACAACAGCCUCUGUAGCCGUUCUCUCCGAGAGACUCGGCCAAAGAGCAAUCUUUAUUGGUGGCUCUGCUAUCUUCGCUGUUAUUGGCUAUUCUAUCCUGUUAGGAAACAGUGAUCCGGUUGCUAGGCCCGGAGUUAGCUACGUCGGCGUGUUCUUCGCUGCAGGAGGUAUAUAUCCGGCAAGUGCCCUGGUUUUGUCUUGGCCUGCUAUCAACGUGUCCGGCCAGACGAAGCGAGCGAUUGCGAACGCCAUGCAAAUCAGUAUCGGGAACCUCGGUGCCGUACUAGGUACACAGCUGUACCGUUCUACGGACGGACCUAGAUUCAUCGUGGGCCACUCUGUUGCCCUUGGGUACCUCGUCGCUAAUGCGGUUGUUGUGACAAUUCUAGCAGUAAGGUUAAAGAAAGAAAAUGAGAGGCGUGAGGGAAUAACAGAAGAAAUAAAACAUGUAGGGGAAGUAGCUGACUGGCAGGGAGAUUCGGAUCCGAGAUGGCGGUUUGAAUAUUAA